AUGGGACUUCGAGAUAUUAACAGCGAUAUAAAUAAGAAAUUCUCCGAACGUUCAUGGAAAACAUUGAAAAAAGAUUUCGAAAAUCUUGACACGGAGAAGAAUUCUUCAGAUAAUAAUGUUCGUGUCGUAGUUGGAUUAGACUUUGGAACCACCUAUUCUGGAUUCGCGUAUUGUCACGUUUCAGAAAAAAAUAUUCCAUGUUCACACGAUUUAUGGCAUGGAGAACGAGGUCAAUUAAAAACCAACACAGUUCUUCAAUAUGACGAUGAAUAUAAUAAAGUUAAGUUAUGGGGUGCUCCAGCUUUAAUUAAAAAGUCAAAUCGUCGAGAUACAAAUAGGACAAAUAGGAAAGAAAAUAAACCCGUCGAAUUGUUUAAGUUGCAUUUGGGAGAUAUAAUGAAUAAGUUUAAACCGAUACUUCCAGUUGAAUAUAAAAAAGCGAUCAUUGAUUAUUUAAGAGAAAUCGGAAAAGUGAUUAAAGAGACGGUUGCAACACGAUGGUCAAGUUUUGAUUACUUCGAACAUGUUCUUCUGAUUCUUUGCGUUCCUGCGGAAUUUUCCGAAAAAUCUAAAGCAAUUAUGAGAAUAUGCGCUUAUAGUGCAGGUCUGAUCAAAGAAGAAUGUUCGGUAAAAUUGCAAUUCACUACGGAACCCGAAGCUGCAGCUGUAUUCUGCAUGAAAGAUAGUCUUAAACAACAUGCUCUUGACCAACCAGGAACUAAUUUCAUGAUAGUCGAUUGUGGUGGUGGCACAGUAGAUUUAACGGUUCGUAAACUAAUUAAUGAUGAACAAUUGGGCGAAAUAACUGAAAGAGCAGGUGACUUUUGUGGAAGUGCUUUUAUCGAUGCCGAAUUUAUUACAUAUUUACGGGAAAAGCUCGGAGACAAACCUAUUGAUUCACUUAUAGAGAAUCAUUAUAGACAAAUGCAAUAUAUGAUUCAACAAUUUUGUAAAUCUGGCAAAAUUCCUUUUAUGGGAGAUGAUCCAAGUUUUCUGUACGAGUUGGAUAUUCGGGAUACUAUCCCUGAACUAAAACAAUAUAUCACUGAUGAGAAUGUCAAAAAAGCUUUAGAUAAAUCCGACUGGAUAGUUGAAAUUGAUUUUGAAACCAUGAAAUUGAUAUUUGAACCUGUCAUCCAAAAAAUUCUUCUUAUGAUAAAAGCUCAACUUGAUAACGCACAAGAAACUUGCUCUGCAAUGUUCUUAGUUGGAGGCUUUAGUGAAUCCAAAUAUCUACAAAAAAGAAUUAAAGAAGAAUUUCUUCAUCGAGUAAAGAAUAUUUCUGUUCCUAUUCAACCUAUGGCAGCAAUUGCACGUGGAGCCGCAAUUUAUGGAUUAUCUAUAAGAUCCAAUAACCUGAAUAAUAUAGGAAAUGAUGAUAAUUUGAAAUGUAUUAUUGUUUCAAGAGUCCUUAAAUAUACUUAUGGAAUUAAAACAACUACUAAAUGGGAAAAAGGAGAUCCUAUAAAUAGGAAAACACUAGAUGGAUUUAUUGAAACUUUUCAAUGCUUGGCCAGGCGUGGUACUAUAAUGGAUAUUAAUCAAGAAAUUACAUGUACUCGACUACCUAUUAAUCCUGAUCAAGAAACCAUGGUUCACCAUUUAUAUUGUACUCGAGAAUAUGAAGCAGAAUAUUGUGAUGAUCCUGGUAUGAACCUUUUAGGAAAACUUCAUAUCGAACUCCCUGGUUCAGGUCUUGACAGACCUGUGUUAUUUGGGUUAACGUUUGGACAAAUGGAAAUUACCGCUACUUCAAAGAACAAAUUGACUGGACAAUCGCCCAUUUUAUAA